CCUAAAAAUGCCUGUUUUUAGGAUUGCGUCGUCGUUGCACAGUCCUAAAACGAAAUCAGAGAUCGAAAAUGUGAAAACGGCGUUAGGACGAGUCCUAAAAGAUUUAGGAUUCCCCAGGCAAAAUCGUCCAAAAUUUUCCAGUAGCCCCCGACCUACUGAAAAAUUUAGGAUUCCCGCAUUUCACUGACUCGUUGCAUCGCGCGCAUGGCACCGUCGACACUCGUUGGUGGUCCAGAAGCAGUCCGUCGAGUCGGUGGUCGGACAUCGGAGGUUUUCUGCGGCUCGACGCGGGCAACGGCCACACACGGUAGCCGUUGGCCGAGGGGGUGGAGCGCGGAGGGCCGAGCGUCGGCGGGUGGUUGCCCGUAUUGGACUGUUGGGUCGCUUGCGAGAUGCGGAGUCGGACGUCGACGUGCGCAGGACGACAGACGGAGCCGCUUCGGGCAGCGCGCACCGCAACGGUCGAAUUUUGAAAAGGAAGGCGGGCGUGUUCGUCGUCUUCUGUGGUGGUUGUCCGCAUAUGAAGGUCGAGCGCCCCUAUCGCGGGCAUGUCGGAACACACAUCUGCAGUGGUCACGUGCGAGGGCAGCUGCAGAGGUGAAUUUCAUGGCUGACGUGCGGAGGAGAUUGCCUCUGCUGGUACUCGUUGUCGUCGUCUUCCUGAUUGUCGUCUUCCUCUACGUGUGUUUUUUGUGGCGGCCGUGGAAACAACAACGCAAGAGGAGGGCUUCGACGAGACGGGCGGCAGGCGAACGUCUAAUGGCGGGCAUGCAGGCACGACCGGCUGCUGCCGCAGGUCAGGGAGGAGUUCGAUCUUCUGCAGCAGCGCCUCGAAGGCGGUACGACCCGUCCAUGUACACCCAUCAGGAGUCGUGGGACACACCAUUGCCCCUGUCGGACGAGGAGCCGGCGAAGGAAGAACUUUCGACGUUGCCUCUCGCUAGCGGCUCAACUCAGUUGUGGUCGCAGACGGUGCGAGCAGGCGGGUCGGCUCCCGACGGAGGGGGCGAGUUCACGUCAUUGCUCCAUCAAGGCUUGCAGGACGACGACGGCGGAGGAGUUGAUCUUAGGUUCGAGUUGUGUUCUGGCGGCGGAAGUGAGGCGAGUCGUUCGGCACGUGGCGUUGAGCAUGGUGGAAGUCUGCAUAAGGAGCAAUCCACACUUCGUCGCGCUGCACCCGUGACUUGCGCGGUCGGGCCAUCGCCAGCGGGACAACAACAUGGAUCGACUGCUCCGUGCGUCGAUCGAUUGGGCGGUGCGCGUUCGCUGAUGCCUGCGUGCACAACACCGGUCAAAUCCGGAGUGAGGGACGAGGGAACGUGCAGAGCACCAGUACGUCCACGACCCACUGUGGAGAACAUAACACGUGGAGUGUCGAACAUGCGGGCACACAGCGAUGGAGGCGAAGACGACGACGCAGACGAAGGGAUGAGGGAAGACGUGGAAGCGGGGGACGACGACCACGAUGUUCCAAUUCGGCCUUUGGGGAAGACGGCUGGGAGGGGGAAAGGACGCGGCAGAGGUGGUGUCCGUGGUCGAUCCGUUGGCCGUGGAGGCAGAGGUGGCGUAAGUGACGACGCUGGAAAGUCUCCGACGUACUGGUCUGCAGAAGACCAAAUGCUCUUGGUGCGAUGCAAGCGGGAGCAAGAUAUGCACCUCGCCGGCUUGUCUCACAAUUACGGGCGGAUGAAGACGAAAAAGUGGAAGUGGGAGGACAUGUCGAAGCGGAUGGCGAAUGCGGGGAGGCCUAAGGACGCUUACGACUGCAUGAAGAAGUGAGACAAUCUGUUCCAGAACUACAAUAAAAUUCAGAGGUUUCA